AUGUCGUCCAGAAACAGCACCACCAAGCCGGUUAUCCACCAUGCCCCUGCCUCCAUCAGCAGCGCCUACUCGGCAUCAACGGGCUCCUACGCUUCAACAAGAGGCUCCUCCACGCCUCGCUCCAUCUCACCUAGCGACGAGACCUGCCUCCGUGUCUACCUCGCGGACCAGCACCGGGCGGGAAUGAAACACGGCAGCGGCGUUACCAUCGUCAACCGCAAGCAGUCUGGCUACGACGCCCACGCACCAUCACCAAAAUACGGCGGCGGCUACUCACGUCGAUGA